AUGACUAAGAAGAUUGAAAUAACUUUGUGCUCCAUUUCAUAUUUCUAUAAUGUCCAAUAAUAAAAUAAUUAUCUUUUAUAUGAUUUUUCUCUUCCAGCCAAGUAAACUAAAAUCAUAUUUAUAGUAACAAAUAAUGCUAAGCAGUUAAAGUUGAUUAAAUUAAACUAAAAAAUGCCACUAAAUUAGAACUAGCCCUCGAAAUUAAGUAAAUAUUUUAGUUCAAUAUAAGACCAGAACAAAAUAAACUGUUGGAAAAAAAGAGAAGAGUUUAUAAUUUUAUUCUUCCAUUUAAAUAAUCUAAUUCGAUCACUUUUCAACUAACAUAAUUAGUUGCAGAAUCAGAUGGUUUAUCACUAAAUUUAAAAUCAGAUAAUUUCUUUAAUAUUCUAAAAGGAUACAAGGACUUAGAAAAACAUAUUAUUAAUGAUAACAUUGUGGAUAAUUUAAUAAAUUUUCAUCUCCUAUUGUGUAAGGAAUUAGUGAGAGAAAUAUAUAUUAUUUGUGAUUCACAAGAAAAUUUAGUUUCUCGAUUUCCUUUUUGUUAUUAAAGUUUUGAUUUCAACUUUCCCAAUGAAAUAAUUGAAAAUCAACUUUAUUUAGGAAACAGCAAUCAUGCAAUGAAUCUCAAAGCUUUAAAUUUAUUAGGAAUAACUCAUGUUGUUAAUUGUGCAAAAGAAAUACCAAAUUAUUUCAUGAAUACAUAAUAAGAUAAUAUGGACAUCUUUAAAUACUUCUAAGUUCCUGUUUUAGAUUUGGAAGAAGAACCAAUUUCUGAUCAUUUUGAUGAGGCUUACAUAUUUAUUAAUGAAGCAUUAAAUCAAAAAGAGAAUAAGGUAUAAAUAAAAUUCAAUUAUUUAAAAGGUUUUAGUUCAUUGUGCAUAAGGUAAAAGCAGAUCAGCAACUAUAGUACUAAUGUUCUUAAUGAGAUAUAAACAAUGGACUUUUGAUUAAGCUUAUGAUUAUGCCCAGAAAAGAAGGGAAAUUAUAUCUAUUAACGAAGGUUUUCAAUUCUAAUUGUCAUAGAUUUGA